CCGUUAUCAUUCUCUUGUCAGAGUUUCAAAGUUUGUGCAGUCAGUUGAUCUGUGUUUAAAUUAUUUUUCUCAACUAAAAAAAAUAUGAGCAGCUAUGAAGAUCGAUUUGAUCAAAAGCAGGACCGAACACGCCGAGUCAACAACGCUGUCUUCAUCUCGAAGGAGCGCUACUCGAAGGACAGCUCAGAGGAUGACAGCGAUUCAAACUCGAUGAUAUCGACAUUGACCAGCGAAACGUUACGACCGUCUUACGGAAUUCCCGGAGGGUUUGGGGAUGAAGAUAAUUCAGAUUCAAGUUCCAGCACAACGAUUCCACUUGGUAAGCACCGACAUCCCCGUUCCUACGAUCCGGAGGCUUACAAGAAGUGGCUCAAAGCGAAGAAUGAAGCCGCCCGGAAGCGCAGAGAAAACGAACGCACCAAGAAAAAGCGAGAAGAGAUGCGCAAGAAGCUGGAAGAGGAAAAACGCAAACAGGAGAGCGACGAGAAAAUGAAACGGUGGCUCGAGCGUAAGGAACAGGAAAAACGAAAGAAGGAACAGAAACAGAAAGAAAAAGUACAAAAGGAGGACAACAACAAGACUAAAACGAUCGGCAAGUGGAUCUCGAGCGACGAAAGCCAGACCAAUUUUAAAGUGUGGCUUAGCCGAGUGAGACAACAGAACGAAGGUAGAGCUCAAACCAAACUCAGAGAAAUUGAAAAGCAGCGGAUGGAGGAAGAAUUCAAACAACAGCGCAAAGAGCUCUCCACCAUGUUCUACGAGGAAUGGCUGAAAACGUCCAAAAAUAAGCCGAAACCGGUGCCCUUGAACCAAGGAACAGAAUCGCUGCGGGGUUCCAUUUCGAAAAUGUUUAUCAAUCCGAAACCUUGGCAGAGCAAUAUUGACUAGGUCGCGGCCAUUUUUGCUGACGGUUGUCUAACUCCAGGAGAAUCCCAGUAAGCGACGACGACCUUUACGACUUGCCGUGAUUGCCAAUUAACAAGCAAGCCGCCUACUAUUUCCGUUAUUGUUUCUUCUAGACGUUAGUCGUAACGAAAGACAAUAAAUUUUCUGUAUUUAGAGAUAUUC